AUGCCAGAACAGCCACAACAGUAUCACCACAUCUUCAAAGAUCGCAGAGAAGCAAGGACUGCUCCGGUCCUACGAUUCGCAGACCUGAGCUUCUUCGGUGUCUCCCCGAGUCUGAUCGCCUCCUGCAUUCGCUGUGCUGGUGGAUCCCCGUUCACGACCGUCGUGCAAGCAGAGUGCUGGGGUCAGCUGCUGCGGCUCCGUCACAGUGGAAUUCCGUCCAUGCCAGAGAUGGAAGCCUUGCGGAAAGGUGCCGCGCAGGACUCCAGGGCGCUGCAUUGUGCCGCUUCGGUGGCUGUGCCCGAUCCUUCAGACGAUGAGGAACUGGAAGAUUACGCACCUAUCCGGCCCAGCUUCAGCAGCCGCUGCCAAGUGACCGACGGACUGUGCAAGUGCGUCGUGGACAUGGUGGCAAAGGUGCAGGCCAACAUCGUCCGAAAAGGGGAUGCCACGGAGGCCUUAAAAGCCGCCCUUCUUGAAGCCGAGCGUGGCAGCGAGCCCGUGGACGGAGGACUCCUGGGAAUGGCAGCCGCCCAGGCUGGCCGGCUCGGCCUCAAAGACCUGCUUGCCUCGCUUAUGGCCUACUCUUGGCCAAGACUUUCCUCUUGUGGUGGACGCGAAGUUGCCGAGCUGGCCGCCGCUGGCAGCAAAUGCGGCUGUGACGAUGACAGGUUCUUCUACUUCGUUGCUACAUACUGCAGCCAGAACCCCAGUGCAUUCACCUGCCUCCGGGAUGUGGCACUGGUCGCUGCGGCACUCACACCGAAGCUUGAUUCACAGGUGAACCUUGGAGCCGCCUUCUACGGCCUCUCCAGUGUGGCCUUGCAGCACUUGCAGGGCAAGCUGACGGGCCAGCCCAUUCGGGACAUCGCCGAGUUCUUCUACUCGCUCAUGAAUGUGUUGGGCAUGCCGAACAAUGCAAACCUCUGCAAUGAGGACCUGGUGAAGGAAGUCAUCGUAGCAAUCGCCUCGGCUGUUCGGCGUUUCCUCCAUACCGCCAGCGGGCAAGAUAUUGCAAAGGCCACUGGUGCAACAUCGCUUGGGUGGACGCUGCUGCCUCGCUUGCAGGACAGUGUUCUGGGCCCUUUGUUGAAAGAGCUGGCGCAGGCAAUCCGUUUCCGCCAUGCGGACUUCAACGCUCAGGACUUGGCACAGCUCAGCGUCUCGUUCGCCCGAGUGGAGGGCUUUCCGGACUUCGCGACCUCCCUGCCGAUCCUGGUCGACAAGGUUUGCGAACGCAUGGGGACCUUCAGCUCCAAGGACCUGAGUUUGGUCCUUUGGUCUGCUUCCCGUCACACCUACCUCGCAGACAGAUGCGCGACACUUGCAUCCAAAGAGGUGAUGAGGCGAGAUUUGACGGGCUUCUCUGCGCAGGACCUGUGCAUGACUGCCCAAUGCUUGGCCAAGCUGGGAAGCAGAGGCAAGGCAGCACUUUGCUUGGUCGCGGGCCAAGUCUUUCAGAGGCAGGCGAGAGGCUUGUCGACCACGGACAAGGUGCUGUUUCUCUGGGCUCUGGCGAAGUGUAAAGUGAUGCAUCUUGCCCUUUGCCGGCUCAUCGUUCGGGACCUCGCAGUCGAGAACUGCAGUCGUCUGCAGAGAGACAAGGUGGGCCUCGCGCUGUGGUCCCUGGCAGUCGUUUGGCAGUCGCUUCCGCAAUCAGAUUCUUGGGCAAGGCUUCUGGCGUCCACCCUUCUUGCUGCGCAGCCGUGGCAGAUGGCCCCAAGCUACGAGGUCACAAAUGAUGCCUGGGCCUUCACCCAGCUUCCGGCAGAUCUCACCAGAAUGAUGUGGCCAUCGCUCCUCUCGUCAGCAAUGCAGAUUGCUCCAAGCAGCCUUUCACAGCACGAGCUCUGCAACCUGCUUGCCGGCCUGUCACGCUGUCCGAAGCAGGUAAUCCUCUGUCAGGAAGUGUUUACAUCCUUCGCGAGCGAAUUGGUGAGCCGCCUGCAAGCGCCGGAUGGGCCGCCGACAACAUCUGAGCACGACAAGCGGCUCCUGGCUGCAACGCUUGCCAGCCAGCCAGAGAACUGGACCUACCUGAGCGAAAGUGAUGUAGAAUCGGUGCAAGCCUUUGUCUCUGCGAGUGAAGCCAAGCCCCAGGACGUUCCGGACGCAUCGGAGGCAUCCCGGCCAACUCAUGAGACUCCAUCGCCCGAUCCGGAGGCAGAGACACCCAACAAGGAGGAGGCCGAGGAGGGCACUUACCAGACAGAGGAGGCCCCAGACGCACCAGAGCCAGAGACGGAGAGACCCUUCGAGAAGCCUGAGGGGAGCUCCUUCGAAGCAAAGAGAAAGGAGACGGAGGAGGCAACCGAUGUGCCAGAGUCAGAUGCGGGCGAUGGGUGGGGUCCACAAGUUCUCGAGGAGCGCGACACAGACUCAGGUGUGCCCGGCACAUCGGAGCUCAGUCUUCUACAUCUGAACUCCCAAUGCAACUACAAAGGCCACUGUGUGCAGCUUAAGCACACUUUCAUCCAUAUAGAUUGCCCGGAGGAGAGUGAUUCGGAGGAAGACUGCAUGAUCUGCAACAUGAACAGGAACGCGGGCCGCAGGCGUGCCCAAUCGGCCGAUGGACGAGAUCUAGUUGCUUCCGGCAGCACUUCCGUCCCACCCAUCCCGGUAAUAAACGAUCCCGACAUGGAGCGCGAGAUCUUGGAGCGCCAUCAGCAUCGGGUCGAAAAGCGACGCGACAUCGUGGGAAUUGCGCCGACCGGGUCUGGAAAAACGAUGGCAUACAUUCUGCCUCUUCUUGCGGAUGGACUUUGCAAAGCACGAUGCCCCGCUCCAACUACGAUGGAAUCGCUCUUCCUGCGUUUUUGCGAAAUGUUUCCGAGGUCCUUCGAGCCAUCUGAUAGCAAGCCUGGCUCUUACGGGUUAGAUGGGUGUCUCCUUACAAACAGCCGUAACGAGCCAAGUUCGGAUCAAGUUUUGUAG